AAAAAGGGGGCGUUAGAGCGGUGGAGCGGCGACACGCAUGCGCAGACGGUUUCCCGGCCCGGCCACCGGAGUUUUGUGCCAGGAUGAAGCUUUUGACGCACAACAUGCUGACUUCGCACGUGCGGGGCGUGAAGCCCGGGGGCGGCUUCCCUCUUCGCAUCCAGGCCACAGAGGUCAAGGUGAACAAUGUCGAUUUCAAUCCAGAGUUCACUGCCCGGAUGGUGCCCAAAGUGGAGUGGGGAGCCUUGGUGGAAGCUGCAGAGAGUUUGGGUCAUCGGUCGGACCUCCCUGCUGAGCCCAUCCCUGACUAUGAGAGCAAUGAGGAUUUUCUCCGGAAAGUACAUCAUGUGUUGAUGGAGGUGGAGGUGAUGGAAGGUGUAUUGAAAUGCCCAGACACGGGGCGUGAGUUUCCCAUCACAAAGGGAAUCCCCAAUAUGUUGCUGAGUGAAGAGGAGACAUGAAGAACAUUGAUCUCAAUGGGAGGAGGGCGCCUUUGUUUGUGUGGAAAGGACACCCCUCUUAAUCUUUCUUUAGGGGAAAGGUGUUUGAAAGAACCCUCUCAAGGGUAGUUAUUAGGCAUGUGCAAUCUAUGGUUCUAAAUUCAUUUCAUUAUAAAUGGCAGUUCCUAAUUGGUUAUGUCAAAAAAAUAUCAAUAAUGAAAUAAUAAUGAAAUUUUGGAAGUUUUGUUAGAGUUCUGAAAAUUUCACCACCAGCGCCCCCUAGUUUUCACCAUUAGAACUUUAGUUUUGUAAGUACUUUAGAACCAUUUAGAAGCCUGGAUUGCACAUGCCUAGUAGUUAUGUUUCUUUGUAUGUGUAUAAAUAAAUGCAAGUGCUUGUUUAA